AUAUUUCGAAAACAUUAACAUUUUUUAUUUUUUUAAUUUUUUUAUUUUUUUAAUAUUUUUUUUUGUAUUUUUUUUAUUUAAAUAAUAAUUUAUUAUAUAUAUAAAUAACAAGGGCAUAAGAGUCUUUUGCCACUUAAUGAAGAAGAGAUUUUUGAAAAUGUCUCAUUAGUGGUGGUGAAAAUGAAAAGUGGUACCAUGAAAGUGGUAAACAUGUAAUUUCCUCAUUCAUCAAUGGUGUAAAUGUAAUAAAUCACGAUGAGAGUUAAUCUGAGUUCGACACAUAUAAAACUGAUUUCUAUUAAAUAAUCAUUUAUGUUGUUCCAAAUUUUUUUAUUAAUUAUUAGAUCAAAACAUAUUUAUAAUAAAUGUAUUAUUAUCUUUUAGAAAAAUAUAUCUGAAUUAUCAUAUUUUUAAGUUUCUGAAGUUAUUUUUAUAUAUAUUUAUAAAUAUAAAUUUUUAAAAGUUAUCGAAUUUUUUAAUUUUGUUGUAGGAAACAUAAAGAAUAAAAAAAACUAAAUUCGUUUUUAUAUAAAUGUCUAUGUUUAUAUUUUAUAAAUUUAUUCUUUUUAUUAUUUAUGUGUUUUAAUAAAAAGAAAAAUUACAUUAAAAGUUAAUCACAGUUUUAUUAAGAAAAAAAAAACAGAGAUAAUUGUUAUUAAUUGAAAUCACUAAUAAUAAUAAAAAUGGAAAUCACUAAUAAUAUUUUAAUUCAUUAAGGGUGCAAGUGUAAUAAACCAGCGUGAGAGUUAAUACGAGCGUGACACAUAAGAAACUGACUUUUCAAAUAAUAUUAUAGAGAUAUUAUAGAAUAAUUAAAACUUUGAAAAAUAUAUAGAAUAAUUAAAACAUGUUUUUUUUAUUUGGCGUCGUGACGCAUAUCACGCAAUAAAUCUUAGGUGAUAGUGAUAUAUCAAUAUAUUUCUCUGUUUUUUUCUUUGUUAACUAUUUCUCUGUUUUAUAUAGAAACUAAUGCAAUAUAUUCAUGUCCUUCCAAGUUUGGUUAAGCUAAGAGUUGUACUAAGUUUUCAAACUUCUAUAGCUCUUUUUUAUGUCUACUUCAUGUAUCACACUUUCUCAAACUAUGUGGUCUAACAAAUCACAUCUGUACUUUGUUUUAAAUUUUAAUGAAAGCCUUUUUACAAAAAAAAAAAUAUAUAUUCAUGUCCUGCUUUGUUCUCUUUACGUACAAAAAUAGAAGUGCUAUCCAAAAGUUUUGUUAGUACAACAAUAUUAUAUGCCAGGUAUGGGAUCCUCCCCCUAUAAAAUAGAGUCGUGAGCACGAUCAGAUGCACAAAUCACUAAUAACCUUCAAUAAACACUUAUAAACAAGACUUCUGAUUGAAACCAACUUUCAAAAUAAGAAAUGGAGAUGUUCUUAAUUUCUCUAUGUCUAGCAACCUUAUUGGCCUUUCUCUUCCUAAAGCGACUCUUCAAACGAACAACCACCACCAAACUUAACCCACCACCGUCUCCGUGGCGGCUUCCCAUCAUCGGAAACUUCCACCAGCUUAGUCUCUCCCCUCACCGCUCCUUUCGUUCCCUUAGCCUCCGCUAUGGGCCACUCAUGCUCCUUCAUUUUGGCCGUGUCCCCGUCCUUGUGGUCUCCUCUGCUGAAGUAGCUCAUGACGUUAUGAAAACACACGAUCGUAUAUUCGCCAACCGCCCUAUAACCAAAGCUAUGGAGAAAGUUGUGAAAGGUGGGCGAGAUAUUGUCUUUGCCCCCUAUGGCGAAUAUUGGAGGAAUAUGAAGAGUUUAUGCAUAGUGCAUCUUCUGACCAACAAAAUGGUUCGGUCCUUUCACAAAGAGAGAGAAGAAGAGAUUAAUAUUCUGAUGGAAAAGUUGGAGCAAGCAAGUUCAUCUUCUUCUACAGUAAACCUUAGCCAAUUUUUUAUCACCCUAACAAGCGAUAUAAUGAGUAAAGUUGCCUUGGGAAGAAAAUAUAGUAGUGACGAAGGCACAGUCAAUAUCAAGACCGUAGUGAGGACGUUUUCUCGGGUAUUUGGCACAUUCCCUGUAGCGGAAUACAUUCCUAGUUUGGCAUGGAUAGAUUGGAUUCGCAGAUUGGACGGUAAAGCAGAAGAAGUAAGUAAAACAUUCGAUGACUUUCUGGAAAAGGUGGUGCAAGAACAUGAUUUCGAUGUAGAUAAGAAAAGAUCAGGUUUUGUUGAUAGGUUGUUAUCGAUUCAAAGAGAGCAGACGACGCCCUUCGUUUUUGAUAGAAGCUACAUAAAACUAAUCAUUUUGGACAUGUUCAUAGGGGGAACGGCAACAACUUCGUCAUUACUUGAAUGGACAUUGACAGAGCUUGUGAGACAUCCAGAAUGUGUGAAGAAGCUUCGAGACGAGAUUUGUUCCGUUUCAGCGCAUAAUUCAUAUGUAAACGAGGACGAUGUUGAGAAGAUGAACUACUUAAAUGCUAUAGUCAAGGAGACACUUCGUUUACAUCCGCCACUUUCAAUAAUAGUCCCCCGACUAUUAAGCGAAGAUGUCAGAUUAAGAGGAUAUGAUAUUGCUGCAGGCACACAGGUGAUGAUUAAUGCGUGGGCAAUCCAACGAGAUAAAGCAACAUGGGGACCGGAUGCAGAAAAAUUUAAGCCAGAGAGACAUUUAAAUUCAUCUUUGGAUUUUCAAGGACAAGAUUAUAAAUUUAUUCCCUUUGGAUCAGGUAGAAGACUAUGUCCUGGAAUCAGAUUGGCAUUGGUAUUGGUUGAAGUGACAGUAGCAAACCUUGUGAAACGGUUUGACUGGAGAGUCCAGGUCGGACCUUAUGGAGUUGAUAAGCUUUAUCUAGCCGAGGCAGCUGGUAUAGAGGCAUGUCGCAAAUACCCUCUUAUUGUCUUUCCAACUUCUGUUGUGUUCCCCAUUUAAACUUUUUCUGCAACUCGUGCUCGUUUUUGUUACCCGUCUCUUGACUCUAUUAAUGUACGAGUGACUUUGCAUUAUAGAUUUCUGUUUUCUUUUGACCCAAGAGAAAAGAUUUCUGUUUUCUUUUGGUAUCUAUGUUGUAUACCUGUUAUCUGUAAGAACAAUAUGACAUUUUAACAUUUUACAAAAGCAUAUCUGUGCAUUGCAACUUCAUAA